AUGACCAGAAGAAACCAUACUUCACUGACUGAGUUCAUCCUGUUGGGAUUAGCAGACACAAUGGAGCUACAGAUUGUCGUUUUUUUGCUUUUUCUGGUGAUUUACACACUUACAGUUUUGGGGAAUGUUGGGAUGAUCUUCCUAAUCAAGAUUGAUUCCCGACUUCACACACCCAUGUAUUUCUUCCUGGCUAACCUGUCCUUUGUCGAUGUUUGUUACUCUUCCACCAUCACCCCAAAGAUGCUGGUAGACAUAUUAUCAGAGGAGAAAACCAUCUCCUUUGCAGGAUGCUUCCUGCAGCUAUACUUCUUCAUUGCCUUGGUCACAACUGAAUGCAUCCUCUUUGGGUUAAUGGCCUAUGACCGUUAUGUGGCCAUAUGCAACCCACUACUUUAUCCCUUGGUCAUGUCCAGGACAAUCUGCCUCAAAAUGGCAGCAGGGCCUUUUACAGCAGGAUUCUUGAACUCCAUGGUUAACACAAGUUAUGUGAGCAGCUUGCCAUUCUGCAGUUUUAAUGUCAUUCAUCAUUUCUUCUGUGACAGCCCUCCACUUUUUAGGCUGUCAUGUUCUGACGCACACCUGAAUGAAAGCAUCUUUUCCACAUUUGCUGGUGUGAAUAUGGUGGGAAGUCUGCUGGUCAUCCUGACCUCCUAUGUUCUCUUCUCCAUCUUCCACAGGCACUCAGGGGAGGGGAGGCGCAAAGCCUUCUCAACCUGUGGUUCUCACCUGACAGCUAUAACUCUGUUCUAUGCCACUGCCAUCUAUACCUACCUGAGACCUAGUUCCAGCUAUUCUCUCGAUCAGGACAAAGUGGCUUCUGUGCUCUACACAGUGGUGAUCCCCAUGUUGAAUCCUCUGAUCUACAGCCUCAGGAACAAGGAAGUAAAGAAAGCUUUAUGGAAUGUAACUACCAGAACAAGGAUCCCCUCCUUUCUCAGAUUUGCUUGGUAA